UGAAUAGUAACAUGUCAAAGAUGAUCAUCUUUAUGUUGCUGUUACUGUCCUUACUAGUUACCAUUGAUGAAGGAGAAGGAUCUUAUUGUAGGGCUGAUUUUAAACAUGAAUCAUCACUGUAUAUAAGGACAUGCUGUAACAGCAGUAACUUAGGACAGACUAUUCGUACGAAAAAAGGAAGAGUGAAGACUAUCAUCAUUUGUCCUGAUGUAUGGCCACAGGCCUGUCCACCAGAUAUUAUUAAUUGUAAGAGCUUGUUUGAGGAUGGUAACACUACAAGUGGUGUUUAUACUGUUAAUCCUGAUGGAGGGACUCCAUUUGAAGUAUACUGUGAUAUGGAGACUGAUGGUGGUGGAUGGACUGUAUUUCAGAGGAGAGAAGAUGGAUCUGUUGAUUUCUAUAGGAAUUGGACUGACUAUGAGAAUGGAUUUGGUGACCUUACUGGUGAGUUUUGGUUAGGAUUGAGCAAGAUUCAUCGUCUUACUAAAGAAAGAUCAAACACACUAAGAGUGGACCUGGGAGAUUUUGAUAAUGACACAGCUUAUGCUAACUACUCUACAUUCAGUGUUAGUGAUGGUAGUACUGAAUAUAUACUAACAGUAGGAGGAUACUCUGGUACUGCUGGGGACAGUCUGUUGUGGCAUUAUGGAAGGAGAUUCAGUACAUAUGAUAAUGAUAAUGAUGCAGCAUCAGUAUUUAACUGUGCUCAGUACUACACUGGUGCCUGGUGGUAUCAUACCUGCUAUCAUUCAAGCCUUAAUGGUCAAUAUUUUAAUACUUCAAGUAGUAAUAGUCAAGGAAUUAAGUGGUAUGGUUGGAAGACCACUACUCUGCAGUUCUCAGAGAUGAAAACUCGUUGAAACAAUUAAAUACUG